AUGGAACCAUUUAAGGUGUCAUGUGCGUCUUCUCCACCUGGUUGGACUGUAAUUCAGAGACGCAUUGACGGAUCCGAGAACUUCAAUCGAAACUGGAAUGCGUAUAAAAGAGGAUUUGGGAAUGUCAAGGGAGAAUUCUUCAUCGGGCUGGAAAAAUUGCAUCGGAUGACUGAGGCACGACCCCACGAACUCUACAUUAAACUUGGGAGUGUUAAUGGAUCCACCAGCUACGCUCAAUACGAUGACUUUAUGAUCGGAAGUGAGGAGGAAUUGUACGAGUUGAAGAAUCUAGGUGAAUAUUCUGGAGAAGCCGGAGACUCCCUCACAAACAAUAAGAACCAAAAGUUCUCCACAUUUGAUCGGGAUAAUGACAAUACUAGUGGAGCAAGUUGUGCCUCUUCAUUUGGUGCAUGGUGGCACAAUGACUGUUCAGAGAGUAUGCUCAAUGGAAAAUACUUGAAAGAUGGCAAAGGUUGGAAUGGAAUUAUUUGGUACUUAUGGCAUGACGAUUGGGAUGAAUCACUUACCUUUGUCGAAAUGAUGAUAAGGCCCAAGGUAUUCUACUUAGUAAAUCCCACUGUUUAA